UCUGUUCAUCGCAUCUUGAAGAUCUCCAACAUUUCCUAGAAGUAAAACACAAACAACAUUACCGAUAUAAUCAAAGCACCAUGAAACGCCAAUAACAGCACCAGUUUUUGUGCAAGCACUCGCACUGACUCCGCGACGGAAACGGCUAUCAUGACAUUGCCACCACAACCGCCAGAGCUUUGCGUCUUGUCAUAGGUACCUCUUCUAAUCGGGCGCAUCCGAAAUAAGUGUUUACCUUCUCCGACUUUCAUCACCGACGCGGCACCGCCACCACACUCUCCACGACGACCAUGGCUUCGCGCCUGCCAACCCGAGCGCGCCAUUUAUCGGCCACUCGCAUCGCCGUCCGCUCACCACUCCCACCACCGUCGCCCCUCCUUCAGUCCCACCUCUUACAACAACACCCUCCCUCUCAACCCAAGCCAGCAGCCGCCGGCACGACCACCGCCAUCCGCCACGUGUCGACGACCGCGCCACGUCCCUGGCUCCUCUCCGCCCUGCCCAACCUGGUCCCCGGCGCCAACAGCGGCCCGCCACCACCAAAGACCGUCCGCGCCCGCCGCCUGCUCCCGUACACGCCCGCCCAGGUCUACGCCCUCAUCGCCGACGUCGACUCCUACAAGCACUUCCUCCCCCACUGCGCUCACUCCCGCGUCACCAAAUGGACCACCCCCCCGAAACAUCCACCAGCACAAGCAGCAGCAACAACAACAACAACACCGACCAGAUACCCUGCCCUCGCAGACCUGACGGUCGGCUGGGGCCCCUUCACGCAGACGUACACGUCGCGCGUGUACUGCGUUCCCGGCGAGGUGGUCGAGGCGGUCAGCGGGAGCGCCGACACGAGCAUCCCGCGCGAGGUCCUGCGGUCGGUGGGCUACGAGCUCGGGGAGGAGUGCGGCGGCGGGCGGCCUCCCCGGAUGGAGGGCAUCUUUGAGAGCCUCGUCACGCGGUGGACCGUCAAGCCCGCCGGCGUGGGCCACGGCGGCGGCGGCCCGGCGGCCAGGGGACGGGGGGAGGGGCCUGCGUCGUGUUGGACCGAGGUGACGCUCAGUGUGACCUUUCAGUUCGCCAACCCCGCGCUCGGCUUCGCCGUCGGGCAGGUGGCCGAUGAGAAGGUGGAUGAGAUGGCGGAGGCCUUUGAAGGGCGGGCCAGGCGGUUGUACGGCAGGUGACACCGUGGCCGUAGAGUCUCGCGUGUUACUGAUUUGUCGUCUCUGGGUCAAAUCCGGCGCGUUGGGAGGCACGCAGGUAUUGCGUCGAUUAACUAUCGAUGUCAUGCACAAGGCAUGUACAAGACAUGUAUAUCUGUGUGUGUAUACGAUUUUUUGUCUUGUUGUUUUAACUGGUUUCCUUAACUGGGGGAAUCUGCAUAUAGACCAAAGAAUAGACCAGCGGAAUAGACCAAAACAUCCAACCAACCACAAGAUAUGCAUAUCAAACGUUUGACGUUGAAAAAGCAAGGCGCAAAACAAGACAGAAAAUUGUCUAAAACAGAAUCCAACGGAAGAGAAAGUCCCUCCCUCCCUCGCCAUGGUGCCGACACAUUGGGACUGAAAAAGACUCUUAAUCUUUGCGCCGGAAUCACCAGAGUUUGCCGCAGAAUCCAUCAUGUUUCUUCCAUCCAUUCCAUCAACGCAUCGCUCUGUCAUAUCCCAUCACUCAUACCUCGUUGACUUCGUUUACUCAUCCCUCAUCCCUC